UAGUUGUCUUUGUUGGAUAAAACUCUUUGGUUCUUAUCUACAGGAAUUUCCUUAUUUUAUAAAAUUCAAGCAGCAUGAGUAUGAAAGACCUUCAUUCAUUGAAAAAAAGUAUUGUUCAUUUCUCUCUGAGAGAAGAAGACUCUCAAGAGAGGUGAAGAAAUGGCAGGUGGAUCUUUUGCAACAGAUUCUGUGGCUAAGGAGAGGGCACAACAAUAUAAGGGAAGGGUCACACUUUAUGUCAUCAUAACAUGCAUUGUUGCUGCCACUGGAGGCUCUCUCUUUGGCUAUGAUAUUGGAAUUUCAGGAGGAGUUACUUCUAUGGAUGACUUUCUUCAGAAAUUCUUCCCUGAUGUAUACAAGCAGAAAAUGCACGCACACGAAAACAACUACUGCAAGUUUAACAGUCAGGCGCUUGCUGCAUUUACCUCUUCUCUGUACAUUGCUGGUUUAGUUGCAUCCUUGAUAGCAUCUCCGGUUACUAGGAAGUAUGGACGCCGUAUGAGUAUCAUUUGUGGCGGUAUGAGCUUUCUUGUUGGAUCAGCUUUAAAUGCGGCAGCUGCUAAUCUGGUAAUGCUUAUCAUAGGCCGGAUUAUGCUCGGUGUUGGCAUUGGAUUUGGAAAUCAGGCUGUUCCACUUUAUUUGUCAGAGAUGGCGCCAACCCAUCUUCGAGGAGGCCUUAACAUGAUGUUUCAAGUAGCAACCACUUUUGGGAUUUUCACAGCCAAUAUGGUCAAUUAUGGAACACAGAAUAUUAAACCAUGGGGGUGGAGGCUAUCUCUUGGCCUGGCUGCAGUACCAGCAAUUUUGAUGACUGGGGGAGGUAUAUGUCUUCCUGACACUCCAAACAGCUUAGUAAAUAGAGGAUUGACAGAAAAAGCAAGGAAGCUACUUGAAAAGAUCAGAGGAACAGAUGAUGUUGAUGCAGAGUUCCAAGAUAUGGUCGAUGCUAGCGAGUUGGCCAGCUCAAUAAAGCACCCCUUCAGGAACAUCCUUGAAAAGAGAUACAGGCCAGAGUUGGUAAUGGCAAUCUUCAUGCCUACAUUCCAGAUCCUAACUGGCAUUAACUCCAUUCUAUUUUAUGCUCCAGUGCUAUUUCAAACCAUGGGGUUUGGCAGAACAGCAUCUCUCUACUCCUCAGCCUUGACAGGAGGAGUUCUUGCUUCCUCAACAUUCAUAUCAAUAGCAACAGUGGAUAGACUUGGGAGGAGACCCCUACUCAUCAGUGGUGGAAUACAAAUGAUUACAUGUCAGGUUAUAGUUGCCAUAAUCUUGGGGGUCAAGUUUGGAGACAACAGAGAACUGUCCAAAGGCUUCUCAAUAUUAGUUGUAGUUGUGAUCUGCUUGUUUGUUCUGGCAUUCGGAUGGUCAUGGGGCCCACUUGGGUGGACAGUCCCAAGCGAGAUAUUUCCAUUGGAGAUCCGAUCAGCAGGGCAGAGCAUCACAGUUUCUGUGAACCUCCUCUUCACAUUCAUAAUUGCUCAGGCAUUUCUGUCCCUCCUCUGUUCAUUCAAGUUCGGGAUCUUCCUGUUCUUUGCUGCCUGGAUUACCAUUAUGACCUUAUUUGUCUCUGUUUUCCUACCUGAAACCAAGGGCAUCCCCAUUGAAGAGAUGACAUUCAUGUGGAGAAGACACUGGUUCUGGAAAAGGGUCCUGCCUGCUGCAGCGUAAAUAUGACCAUUUCUUUCAAACCAACGAAGCUUAAAUUUAUAGUGAUGUAAACAAGUAAAGCGCAAAACUAGAGCGCUAUUUAGUUGAACAUAAAAGGCGAAAUCGCGAAGUGGUAGAUUGGUGAACAUCGAAGUAAAAGGAGAAUUCUGAAUAGGCUGUUGAAAGUGCUUGAUUUCUUGGCCGAGUCACAAAAUAAACAUUCGAAUUCUACCAUAAAAAUUGGAAUCAGAAUAACAACAAUCUGCAGAAUGCAAGGAGAUUUUAUUGAAUUACACUAUGAAAUUCUAUAGCUACAUAGGUAAUAAUAGAAGGAGAACACCACAAUACAACCAACCUCCUAACAUUUUUGAAGAAGAGAAAAAAGAAAUUAAACGAACACACAGGUAGGGACAACCUAAAUCCAAAUUCUAGAUCAGACGCACAUUACGAUACUAUAGGAAUGUACAAGAGAAUCAUACUUUCGCUCAACCCUUGCAAAUUCAACUUGUAGAACUAACACUAGCUAAUUGACUAAUCACCUAUUGAGUAUCAUCAUCGAACAUUACAUUUCGUUUCCAUCCCUAUGAUAGGUAACCUUCGCUUUGCUUUGCUUUUAACACUUUCUUCAUUUCCUCGCCCUCAACGGCUUGUCCUCUUGAAAAAAUAAAGGAAGCGCGUCGAGACAUCUACGCAGGAAGAAAAGUAAAGUCAAACUGCAAACAAACAACUAAUCCACCGAAUACAGCACCGCAUCGCAGAUCCUAUCUUUGAUUAUUCCAGAUCAAGGCCAAGUAACCGCCUUAGAUCGCUCGUGGCAGCACCGUUCUUCCCUAAAAAUGCGGGAACCGGAACGGAGCUCGGAGGCGGAGACGCAACAAACGCCGAUCCGGCGUAGAUCACAUCCUUCGGAACCGGAACCAUAAUCUGCCUCUGCACCAUAACCGGAUCCGGACCUAACCGAUUUGUGGAUCCCAACAACAGAUCCAAAUUAUCAACGCUCUUAGCCCGAGCCUCUAUGUGUCUAUUCUCCGGGAUCCAUUUCUCGCCUCUCUUGAGGAUCUUGACUUGGCCAGAUACAAGGCUCGCGGCGGCCGGAACUUUCUUUGCCGGUCGAUCGCCAGACCGGUGGCGAAUGGUGUGAUGGUUGUUCACCGGACUUCGCUUCCGGCGGCGGUUCUGGUGAGAGGAGAAAUUGACGUUAGGGUUAGGGUUGUUAGAACAUCUUGGAGAUCUAACGUGUGAGGUGGCAAGGGCCAAAGCGUCGUUGCGAAAUCGCCCUUGAAGGCAAUCGUGGGAACGAAGAAUUGCUGUUCCCAUUUCCAACAGAAUGGAGAGAGAAA